AUGAAAAGGGCAGAUCCAAGAGGUAAAGGAGUAAGAUUAUCUAUAUAAUAGGUUUAGGUUAAGAGUGAAAUUAUUAGAUUUUAUGUACACAUUUGCAUAGGACAUCAGUAUAUCAAAAGUAACUUUUUCGAAUUAUCUUGCAAUUAUAACCAUUCUACAUUUUAAAUCACAAAUUUAAUAAUAACUGAAUAAGCUAUUUAAUUUCAACUUUAAAAACUAAAAUAAUUAAAAAUGAAAUUGAUAUUUAAAUCAGUCCAACUCCAAUUUUAUUCAUCCUCAUCAUAAAAUCCACCACAACUAGAAAAUAUUAAAUAUAUUAUACAUUAUCAAACCAUAAUAUAAAGUUUACCAAAAUCCUAUUUUCUAAUUGGUAAACUUGGCAAUACCUAAUAUAAAUUAAUAAAAAUAACUUAAAAAUGA